GUGCCGAGAAAAUACGACAUGUUCCUCUCCAACUCGACGACGUUCACAAUUCUGAUGUUCAACUACGUCGCCCUCGGCGGUACGAUGGGCUGUGUGGGCUGUCUGGGUAAUGCGGUCAACGCUUACGUCUUCGUUAAGAUGGGUAUCCGAGACACAGUCAACAUCAGCCUGCUCGGUCUCGCCAUCAGCGACUUCCUCGCGCUGCUCUUCCUCCUGUCCGAGAGCGUCUGCCUGAACCCCAUGUUCCAGGACACCGGCGUCCCAGUGGUUCUCACGGAGAUAGAAUACGUCGUCGGGGGCUGGCCCCACGUCUGCUUCACCCGCGUGACCAGCUGGAUCACGGCGUUCGUGACGUUCGAGCGCUGCCUGUGCAUUGCGUGUCCCCUGAAGGUGAAGCGCUACGUCACGCCGACGCGAGCCAAGCUCUUCAUCUGCGCGAUGUUCCUCCUCGUGCUGGCCUCGGCUGCGCCCGAGUUCUUCGUCAACCAGUUCACGUGGAAGUUCUAUCCCGAGAGAAACCGGACCAUGCUCGGGUUGCGGUUCAUCGAGGACAGGACCAGGUUUGAGAUAGUCACCCUGGUCCUCAACAACGUCAUAAUGCAGUACUUCGCUUUCCUCGCCGUAAUCGUAUUCACCAUCACCUUGGCCGCCGAACUCAACCAGAAAAGUAAGUGGCGCAGCUCCGUGGUAAAGGCGGACAACCCUGACGAUAUUCCCAGGAAGGACAAGAAGGUUGUCAAGCUGAUUACCCUGAUCUCCACGACGUUUAUACUGAGUUACCUCCCUUCUAGCAUUCUGUUUCUGGCGAUGGCCGUCGAGCACGAGUUCCACCCAGACGGCUACUACAACAUAUUCUACGUCACGUGGUCGUUCGCCUACGUCAUGGAGGGACUGAACGCGUCGCUGAAUAUUUUUGUUUAUUUUACCAUGAGCUCGCGGUUUCGUGGAAUCGUCUAUAAGACAUUUCUUUAA